AUGUCGUCCCACCCCAUUGAGAUCCCUCUGGUCGACGCUAUGAACGUUGACAUCCCUACCCCCGUCGAGAUUAGGGACCCCUACCCUUCUCAUUCACACUCUGGACGAGGCCGCCGUUCCAGCCGGCGCCGUGAUUGGUAUAAGGAACGAGGUGGUCCUUACCAGCAUGAAGCUCGGACGCAGAACGCUGACGCAAUGAGUGCAUUCACUAGCUUCUUCAGAGCUGAAGCUGAAGCAAGUAAGCCUUCCCAGACCUUGCGUCGGCGAACGUUUCCUGACCGACGGGCCCCUCCUCGCAAAGAGGAAUUAGCAACCCAAAAAGAAGCCCACGCCUUCCGUCAGCAAGUUCGAGCUGAACGCCAUUCUGAAUCCUCCCGGUACCACCAGCGUUCCCACCAUUUAACGCUGGACAAUCGCCACGUACCCCAUUCAUCCAGUCGUAGCCGUGGGACUCGUGAUCAACGAGCUGGUCCUCACCCCAUGGGAAGACCUGCCCCACGCGCUCCUGACCCUUUCGCCAAUCAGGCACCCCCUCCUCCUAAGGUCCAAGCGCCUGCCAUGACAGCUGCACAGCUGAUCGCUGCUGUUGUUGAAGAUGAUGCGCGCAACCCAACCGUGGUACUACCCCCUCCGUUGGCGCCAGUCCCUGACCCUGGACCAGACGUCUCUGAAAUCGUUGACGCGGCUGAGCGCCUAGACCUCGAGAGGGCAUCGAGAGUAUCUGAGUUCUCCGAUACCGAGUUCUUCGGUAAGCUCGUGAUCCUCGCCUUUCUCUUGUCACACGUAAUCUUAAUCGGUAUACUGGUAGACACGUACUCUGCCAUGUGA